UUGUGACUGUAAUUUGAUCUCUCAAUUAUUGUAAUUGUGGUUCUUGCUAACUCUUUCCACCUUUAUUUUGGGUGUAAAGGCACUAUUUUGGGGGAUAUAUUGAAGGGUUUUUUUUUCUGACAAUAUUUUAGUUAUAAAAAUUGGAUCUUGAUUUUGGAGUGUGGUUUGUCUGUGAGCGUCAUAAAUGUGGGGAGUGGAGUGAAUGAAAUUGACCCUCUUUAUUUCUAGUUGUAGUCCCUCUCUACCUCUGCCUAUUUCAUUGUUUACAGCAAUAAAAAAAAAUAUAAGAAUACAUGUGCAGUUAGAUUGCAAUAAAGAUCAAGAGAGCCAAGAGAGCCAUUAUUAUUAGUAUGAGGGAGGGUUGUCAUUCUCACAUUCACAGCUACAAAGGAGGAGGAGGAACCAUGGCUGGAGCCCUUUUGCUGCUGCUGCCCCUUCUCUUUCCCAGCCUUUUCACUACUUUCAGCCAUGCCUUUCCCUCACUUCUCUCGGAGUGGAAUGCUCCAAAGCCGCAACAUUCUCGUUUACUUAAGAGUGCUCUGGAACGCCAAACUUCUGCGGAGCUACAAGCUGAUCUAUGGAGGCCUUCUGCCAACCAAGGAUGGAAACCUUGUCUUCAACAAGUCAGUACAUCGACGUUGCCAGAGAAAUCUCAAGGCUAUAUUCAGGUGUUCCUCGAUGGAGGACUAAACCAGCAGAGAAUGGGUAUUUGUGAUGCAGUUGCUCUUGCUAAAAUUUUGAAUGCAACACUCAUAAUUCCGCAUCUUGAAGUAAAUCCUGUUUGGAAAGAUUCAAGCACAUUUGAGGAAAUUUUCGACGUCGACCACUUCAUUAAUGUACUGAAAGACGACAUAUCUAUUGUAAAAGAGUUGCCUGAUGAGUACUUUUGGAGCACUCGGGAGUACUAUGCCGAAGCAAUUCGUGCUAACAGAAUAAAGACUGCACCUGUUCAUGCUUCAGCAAACUGGUAUCUGGAAAAUGUCUCGCCCGUCCUGCAAAGCUACGGGAUUGCUGCAGUUGCACCCUUUUCUCACCGUCUGGCUUUUGACAAUAUGCCCAAAGACAUCCAGAGGCUACGGUGUAAGGUCAACUUCCAGGCUCUAGUCUUCGUUCCUCACAUUAGGGAUCUGGGCAACACCCUUGUCAGUCGUCUGAGACAUCCUCCCACCACAGACGAAGCUGACAGUAGUAACUACCUAACCGAUUCAAAAGACAAACAAGGGAGUGGAAAAUUUGUUGUCCUCCACCUUCGUUUCGACAAGGAUAUGGCUGCCCACUCAGCUUGUGACUUCGGUGGAGGUAAAGCCGAGAAACUAGCCCUUGCCAAGUAUCGACAGGUUAUUUGGCAGGGAAGGGUGUUGAAUUCUCAAUUCACUGAUGAGGAGUUGAGGAGCCAGGGGCGGUGCCCGUUGACUCCAGAAGAGAUCGGAUUGCUACUAGCGGCUUUAGGGUUCGACAACAGCACUCGCUUGUACCUUGCUUCGCACAAGGUAUAUGGCGGGGAAGCGAGGAUCUCGACGUUGCAUAGUUUGUUUCCUCUUAUGGAAGAUAAAAAGAGCCUUGCAUCUUCAGAGGAGAGAGCUAAAAUCAAAGGAAAGGCUUCACUAUUAGCUGCGGUCGAUUACUAUGUCAGCAUGCACAGCAAUAUCUUCAUCUCCGCCUCCCCGGGAAACAUGCACAAUGCCAUGGUUGGCCAUCGGACGUACGAGAAUAUGAAGACUAUAAGGCCGAACAUGGCGCUUUUAGGGCAGCUUUUCUUGAACAAGAGCCUGACAUGGCCGGAGUUUCAGGAGGCGGUCGUGGAAGGGCAUAAAAGUCGGCAAGGGAUACUCCGACUGAGGAGGUCCCAACAGUCUAUCUAUACGUACCCUGCUCCGGACUGUAUGUGCAGCGCUUGAGGUUCGUUGUGCGAUUACCGGGUCGAUCCUUGUAUGAAUUUUGGCUGCAGAUAGUGUGUGUGGCUUGCAUUACUUAGACAAUAAAUGGUUUCCCUUCAUUCAUUUGGGGUCGUCCUAGGAGUUAUAUAUGUGUAAAAUUUGAGGUUGUGAUUAACUCUACAAUUAUCUUCAACCAGGAUUUAGGAUAUAUAUGAUUGUAAUAUGCCACUCAUUUCCACUAUCUUAAAUUAUUAUGUUUAAUUAAUGCAUUUCAUUUUUUAUGUCCA